CGGCCGCGCCGUCCCAGUUCCGUGCCGGCUUGGCCAUGGACGGGCGGGACCGCUGGUGUACGUCGCGCCAGCUGCUGCUGCCGCCGCUGUUGCUGCUGCUGGUGCCAGCGCUGGUGCCGGCGCUAGUCUCAGCCGAGAAGUGCGAGCCCCUGCUUCGGGAUGAGGAGAGCCCGCCAGCCGCCAACACCAGCUUCAUUUCCAACAACAACACCCUACUGGAGGUGGAGGCCGGAGAGAACGCGGUGCUGCCAUGCCGCGUGCACCAGCCGCACACCAAGCGGGUAGCCUGGGUGUAUCAACCUUCACGACGUCUUCUAACCGUCCAGGACCGGGCCUUUACACAAGACAAGCGGGUGUCAGCACAAUUUUUCCGCCACACGGAGAUGUGGACACUAUACAUCCGCAACGUGAACACGAACGACACGGGCAUCUACGAGUGUCAGCUGUCGUCUCAUCCCUGGGAGCGGCUGCACGUCAGGCUGCGGGUCACAGACCCAGCCGGCAGCAACUCGACGGGCAACGGCCCGCUAAUGACCCGUGACUACUACGAGCCGGGCUUCAGGAUCGCCAGCGACACAUUGUGCCCGCACCACGGCGCCGGCGUCAAAGUGAUGAUGAUGGUGCAGAGCGCCCCGGGCAACGCUGAGAUCCGCCAAGUUCUGCGCAAAACCUGGGCCAAGCCGGCCAUCGAGCGCGAGGACGUGGUGCUGGGCUUCUUGUUGGCGCGCACCAACGAUUCGGCGGUGCAGGCGGCGAUCCAGCGCGAGAGCGACACGUUCGGCGACAUCAUCCAGGCCAGCUUCGUAGACCACUACAACAACCUGACGCUCAAGUCGCUGGCCACACUCGAGUGGUUCGACACGUACUGCAGGCGCGCGCAGUUCGUGCUCAAGGUAGACGAUGACCUUUUCGUCAGCGUUGACAACCUCGUGACGUUCAUUGAGCACCACCAGAACGAGCGGCGCGUGGUAUACGGCAACGUAGUGUACGACCCGAAGCCGGACCGCAACCUCGAGUCGCGCUACUACACCAGCCCAGAGGUGUGGGACAAGCCCAAGUACCCCAAGUACACGGGAGGCCCCAUCUACCUUAUCUCCUCCGACGCCACGCGCGGCAUCUACAAGCGGGUGAUGGAGCGGCCGUACCUCUUCAUUGAGGACGUCACCAUCACCGGCAUCGGCGCGCAGCUGGCGGGCGUUCGGCGCAAACGCGCGCCCGAGAUGUUCACCUACCACGUGCCCAGCUCGAAGACGUGCCUGUUCCGGCUGCUGAUCGGCGCCCACCAGAUCCCGACUGAGGACCUCGAGGACAUCUGGAGGCGCGUGCAAGAUCCGCAUAUCGAGUGUCCCCAGCAGUACUCGCCCACGCUCUGGGACCAGUGUGUCGGCCUCAAGCUGCAGGAGAGCCUGCGCCACUGCGUCAUGAUGAUGUUCUCGAAGACGAACAAGACGGCGAAGCACGACUGAGCGUUCGGUGAUGCUGUUGUGGUAGGCGGUGUCGUGAUAUGUGAUGGCGCUUGUGGCGCGACAACGUUGUCAGGGACGUUCGGUUGUAAAACACGGGAUUACACAACUCAGCUCAUGCCAAACGACGUGGUGUUGACUAUGCCAUCCGAGUCUUGUGUGCGUGUCGACGUUGAGUUGAGUUGAGUUGAGAAGUUGAGGCAAGCUGAUUCGAGUGUUGGACGGGAGUGGCUUUACUGUGUUGGGAUGAAUAUGCACAUGCACGAAGCCAUUCCUGGACGUGUUGCUUAUAACGUGACCAAUAUAGCCAGGUAUGGAUUGUGAAUUUC